AUGAAUCCUUUUGAAAAUGUGAAAAAAGUGCUCGGUGAAGAGCUAUUCCUUAAGAUACAGCUAACGAAAAUAAUUGUUGUUGGAGCUGGAGGGAUCGGAUGCGAACUUGUGAAAGAUUUGAUUCUCUGUGGUUUCUGUAAUAUUACAAUCAUAGAUAUGGAUGGAAUAGAUAUCAGUAAUCUAAACAGACAGUUUUUUUUUCGUAGGAAACAUGUAGGGAUGUAUAAGUCAACUGUUGUCGCAUCAGAAGCAAAAAAAUUAUUUGAUAAAUGCCACUCUAAUAACCGACCAAAAUCAAAUAUUAUAGGUAUUGUUGGGAACAUUAUGGAUUUUGGAACAGAAUUUUUUAGUCAAUUUGAUAUUGUUCUAAAUGCACUUGAUAAUAUUUCUGCGAGAAGUUACGUAAAUAAAGUUUGUUUAGCUUCAAAUAUUGAGUUAAUUGAUUCAGGAAGUGCAGGCUAUAAUGGGCAGGUUCAUCCAAUAAUUCCCAGGAUCUCAAGAUGCUAUGAAUGCUAUCCUCCGCCAACUCAGAAAUCAUUUCCAGUUUGUACAAUUAGAUCGGUACCCGACAAACCUCAACACACGAUUGCCUGGUCAAAAUAUCUUUUUGAGAUUAUUUUUGGAGUUAGACAUGAUGAAAAAGAAGACUCAGAUAACAUAUUAAGCGAUAUAUCAAAAAAAGUUCAAAUAGAUUUAGAGCAUCUAAAAAAAUUGGAAAAAAAUGAAGCUGACAAAUUUAUUGAAAACUACAUAGUAAAUAUGUUUGAUUUCUUGUUUUAUUCCGAAAUAACUUCAUUAGCAAAUAAUAAAGAGAUUUAUAUCAACAGUAAUAAGAAAAUCCCUGUUCCAAUAACCUGGAACAACAUUCAAAUAAAAAACUAUAAGGAUCAGGAACUUACUUCAGAAGAUUCAGAGAACUCUGAACAAAAAGUUCUUUCCGUCAAAGAAAGUUCUGAAUUAUUUUUCAACAGUGUAUAUAAAAUUAUUAAAAACAGAAUGAAUGAAAUUGGUAAAUCUUCACUUUGCUUUGAUAAGGAUGACAAAGAUGUCAUGGAUUUCAUUUCGGCUGCUUCCAACUUAAGAUCUUAUAAUUUCCAUAUCCCUCUUCAGUCCCGUUGGGCCUGCCAAUCAAUUGCAGGAUCAAUUAUUCCUGCAGUUGCAUCAACAAAUGCGAUUGUUUCGGGGACACAAGUUGUGCAACUUUUACUGAUGUUGAAAUCAAAAUUAUCAAGUUUAGCCAAUUCUACAGUGGAAAAUGCCGACGAUUUGUCUUGUAGUAACUCUUUAUCUGUGAAUAAGUUUGUAUGGAUUAGGUCUGUACCAAUGGGAAGAUUUAUGAUUUGCCCAGAAAACCUUGAAAAAUGCAACCCUAAAUGCUUAAUUUGUUCUCAAGUACUAAUUAAAAUAAAGAUUGGAAGCUUUGAUAAAUGGAAUUUAAUGGAGUUUGUAAAGGGAAUUAUUUGUCAGCAUUUAAAGCUUUCCGAACCCUCAAUUGAGCUAAAUGGAAAAUGUAUUUGGGAUCCCGAUUUGUUACAAGAAGAUCACUUUCUUAAUAUUAGUUCUCAAAAAUCUCUUUCAUAUUGGAAGUUCACUGAUGGCUGUAUAAUUUCUAUUACAGACUUUUCCUGUGUAAAAUUCCAGUGUGAUGCAGUAAUUAGUCUUUGCAACCAAAACAUUUUGGAAUCAGAAAAAAACUCUCAAACUUAUGAAAAAAACAAGGAGUCAUUCAUAAUAACAAUAGAAUCUGCCAAAGUUUCUUCUUUCGAAUGCUCUAAUGACAAUAAAGAACCAGAAAGUUCUGAUGAUGAGAUAUUGUCUGAACUUCAAGAAGAUACAAUUUAUAGCUCUUUAUUGAAGAGGGGAAAUCCAAAUAUAAAUGAAAGUGAACUUAUUAGCUCUAAAAGAAGAAAAUAA